AUGGGAUGCUCCCCAAGCAACAGCAGUUCUUCAAGUAAAGGUGAUAAGGAUAGCUCAAAUUGUUUAAUAGUUUAAAUUGUAGAUCCUCAAAAUUAGCAUGUAGUAGAAUUGAAAUAUCAUGGUGUAAAUAACAAGAAGGAAGAUUAUCUUAUGAAUAUAAUGAAUACGAUCUUCUUUGCAGAUGAGAAAAACUCUAAAAUAGACAUCUGCUUUAACUCACUUUACUGCAAAAAAGAUGAUCGUUAUCACUACUAUCUUUAUCGACUUCUUAAUGUUGAAAUAGAAAAUGUUAAGUAGCCUUAUUCAGGUAAAUUAUGGGUUCUAUAUAUAUAAAAUAAACCUAUGGAUUGGGAUUAGAUUGUAAAUACUAAUUAAAAAUUUGACUUUAGCAAAGGAGGUAAAAUAGUUUGGAAAUUUGAAAAGUAUACUUAAGCAACUGCAGAACAUUUAAGCGUUACUCAUGAGAUAAGUUAAUAAAAUAACCUUGAUUACUUAAAAAAUGUUGGAUAAUAUGAAACAAAAAUGUUAAAUGAUCAAAGUAGGUAGUAAACAGGAGGAGUUACUAAUCAGUAGAACUUAUAUACAGGUUAAGAUAAGUCAACUACGGAUAAUACUUAAAUUUCUUUAUAAAAGCGCACAUCUUAAGAGUAGGAAGAUGUUUAAAAAAAAAAGUAUGCCAAUGUAGGUUAUGGUUUAGAUGCUCCUUCCUCUAUUUUUAAUCCUGAACUUUAAGGUCAUCCGAAUACAAGGAAGCUGUUAGUUACUGAGAGCUCGAAUAUAUACCAAAACAAUAUAAAUUAUUUGAACACUGAAGAUGAUGUGCGUCAAAUAUAGCCUCCUUUGUAAACUGAAGUUGGUCCUAUAGAGAAUUCAGAUUAUCGUAAUGUUUUUGACACUUAAAAUAAUGAAGACUCUGCUAUAAACGAAAAAAAUUAAAUUUGGAGUUUUAAUGGAACAAAAAAAUCUUCAAAAGCAACGAAUGGGUUUUAAAAUCAACGAAAUAGCUCUGGAAACAAAGAGCAACUAUACAGGAUAACUUCAGAUAAAAAAAUAGAGCAAACAGUUAAGUAUCUCGAAGGAGACGAAAAUAUAAUAAGCGAAAAAGAGAGUGCUCGCGAUCAUUCAACUAAUGCAAACGAGUAAAAAAAUCUGCAUUGUGCUAAUACUCAUAGUUACAAAUUCUAAGAGCACUUCGAAAAUACAUAAAAAGUGAAAUGA